AAGUCUCGUCCUUCUUCGCACAUCACCGCCGCUAGACAAGCCUCUCGCCACUGCUCUCUUGUUUUUCAAGUUUCGGGCGGAUCAAGAAACUAGAUAAGUGUUAAGUAUGAAGGUGCGAUCAUCAGUGAAAAAGAUGUGCGAGUUCUGCAGAACCGUUAAGCGCCGCGGACGAGUAUAUGUACUAUGCACUUCCAACCCUAAACACAAGCAACGACAAGGCCUUUCCACAUUUGCUUCUGAAGGGACGGUGCCUCCCACGAUGGCAGAGACAAAUGUCAAUCAUCCAAUCGUUCCCGGUUACAGCAUGCGUCAGGGACUAGCUUCCCUUCUUCCCAAAACACAACCACCAUCGUCGUUGAUUAUUGGGUGGAGAGCUAACCUGGCAUCUCUCAUAUUCAAACGUGGUAAUUAGGGGAACCACAAGAAGUGGAUAUAUUACAGUCGUCGAGUCGAUCUUCAACCGAUUCAGCAGGUGAUAGGGUUCGAUGAUUUUUUUUUCAAUUACACCUAUAUUGAAUGGCGAUGAUACAUUUGGAACCGUGUUUGUUAUUUUGUUGCAUUCCUAAAAUAGCUGUUGGAACACAGAUAAAUAAUUUCUCAACUAAUAAAGUAUUUUUUUAAAAAAAA